AGAUGGAUCCCAGGUCAGACGAUUGAAUACGUUGUAAAAUAGGUCUGGCAAAUUCCAAUCUUGAGAUGGCGCUUACUAUCUACCUACUGUACCUAUUUACCUACCUGUUUGCUACUAAUACUAGUAGGUUGUUCGCAGAACAAAUCCCGGGGAUUCAUAUCAGGUUAGCACAACAGCAGCAUCAGCCAUGGGCACUAUUACUAGCACUAGGAUCUUUCUUUUCUUCCAUCUGUGGUUUAUUCGCCCCCUCUGCUCCCCAAUUUGAUGGCUAGUUCCCAAUAGCCACAGUGUGUCUCUACCCGUGUAACCCCAGUACAAAACGUCGAGCUAUCUGUACGUAAAGGACAGGGCUAUCCCUUGCUUCCGGCACCUGAUCAUUCCAAUACUAGUUUGAGGCAGAGAAGAGAGAGAGAGAGAGAGUCAAGAAGUAGGCCUCCUCCUUCUCCUCCUCUCCGGCCCUACUUGCCGCAUAGGUGUAGUACCGGCGCACAGUAUGCACAUCAUUCGCUACUAACUUUGCCAGUCGACCCAGCCUUGCAGAAUCUCCAUCUAAAAGGGAAAACCUGAACGGAAAGAAAAUCGUGCGACUUCAUUCUUAGAGUAGUCCAUGCAUACGAUAAGUCGGUAGUGAAUUGGCGGGUUUGUUAAGUAUUGUUGAAGUUGAUUAUUCUUACUGUGGGAUGGAUGGAGGCGGGCG